AGACAUAUCGGUGGGAGUGAGGGGGGGGGGGUGUUCUAAAUUUACAAAGCUUUGUUUAUCUUGUUAUGAAUGAGAAAAUAAGUCUUUAAAAAAUAUAAAUAUCUAUUUUAUCCAAAAAAGUAACUUACCUAGCCAUGAACAGAAAAAGAAAUGUAAGUUACAUAAAGCCAGAGGAUCCAGAAUUUUUAAAAGUGUUAAAAAGACAAGCUGGUUAUGAUGACAGAAAUCAUAAAUUUGAUAAACUUGAAAAUACUGAAGAGGACUUUGUGGAUGAUACGGAUAAUGAAAAGCCUCAGGUAGUGGUAUUGAAAGAAGGUGAUCUUACGGCUGAGGAGGCUGAUCUAGAAAAAAAGAGAAUAGAUAAAAUUGUAUCUGAAACUAAAGCCAAUUUGAACGAAAGAGUAAUAUUUAAAAGAAAACUAACGUCGAAUUCAACGAACCCAUCAAAAGCAUCUAAAAGUACACCAAAAGAAUCAAAAAAGAAAAAAUAUAACAAACGUCAGUUAUUAUCAUUUGGAGACGAUGAUGGUGAUGACGUUGGUAGCAGUGAAUAAUAAAGUUUUUAAGCGUACAAAUGAAUGAUUCUCAUUCUCUAUUUAGGUAGUCUUUAAGUUUUAAGAAAUGUGGUAUUAAAAUAAUGUGACCUAAUGGAUAUAAAUUCUUUUGUAUAGUUUUUUGUACUAAUAUAAAAAGUAUAGUUUGUUGUUUGUUUAAUGGAUAAAUUAAAAAGAUACUUAACGGAUUUUAGAAAAAAUUCACUUGUAGAAAGGUAUAAUAUCAUCAAGUUACAGGCUCUAUAUUAUUAUUGAAAAUGCUAUUUACUUCUGUAAAAUCAGGGCAAAAUGGUAGAAUACAAAUGCCCUUCAUUUUGUUAAAACAGGUAAAAUUGUGUAAGUUCUGAUAUAUAUAUAUAUAAUAAAAGAUUUAAAUUCUUCCA